UCACACCAGCUGAGCACAACAACAAAUCGUCACAACAAAAAGCAGAAUCCAAGUGUUGAAAAUAGAGUCAAAGCCAUCGCUGAUGAAGGAAAUAUCCGAUUGUUAGUGGUUAAAUAAAUUCAGUUACACGAAAUCCUUAAACAGCAACACACUUGAAAGACACUAAAAGACUAUUUCUAAACAUACAAAAAUACACUAGAACGCUGGGCUUGAGGAAAGGUGGUCAGGACACACGGCGUGGAUUCCAGAAUGGUUGGAUCGGCAGUGCAGGUGAUCAAUGCCUCCGAGGAGCAUACCUUUGUGCUCAACGAGGAGGCACUGAGUGAGGUGCUGAUGCGCGAGGAAGUUAAGGACCGGUAUGUCUGCGUCGUCUCGGUGGCUGGAGCAUUCCGAAAAGGAAAGAGCUUCCUUCUGGACUUCUUCCUUCGGUACAUGUACUCAAAGUAUGUGCAUCAAGACGCGACAGAUUGGCUGGGUGACGAGUCCAAGCCCUUGGAGGGCUUCUCAUGGCGCGGCGGAUCGGAGCGCGACACCACAGGCAUCCUGAUGUGGUCGGAUGUGUUCCUCCACGAUUACCCCAAUGGGGACAAAAUAGCCAUCAUUCUGCUGGACACACAGGGUGCAUUCGACAGUCAGAGUACAGUGCGAGACUGUGCGACUGUGUUUGCACUGAGCACAAUGCUGUCAUCGGUGCAAAUCUACAAUUUGUCACAGAAUAUCCAAGAGGAUGACUUGCAGCAUUUGCAACUUUUCACGGAGUACGGCCGCCUCGCACUGGCAGAUACCGGUAAGAAACCGUUCCAGCGCCUCCAAUUCCUCGUCCGUGACUGGAGUUUUCCCUACGAGGCCGAAUAUGGAGCACUCGGUGGCGAUAAGAUCCUGAAGAGGCGUCUUGAGGUUUCUGACAAACAGCACCCAGAACUGCAAUCGCUGCGCCGCCACAUCUCAUCAUGCUUCACCGAAGUGGCCUGCUUCUUGAUGCCCCAUCCGGGCCUGAAUGUCGCAACCAAUCCCCAAUUUGACGGCAGACUCACGGACAUAACGCCCGAGUUCAAAGGCAGCCUGCGCACCUUGGUCCCAAUGCUGCUGGCGCCUGAUAACCUGGUCUACAAGGAAAUCAGCGGCCAGCGUGUGCGGGCCCGGGAUCUCAUCCAGUACUUCCAGUCCUAUAUGAGCAUCUACAAAGGCAACGAGCUGCCCGAGCCGAAGAGCAUGCUUGUUGCCACCGCAGAGGCGAAUCACUUAACCGCCGUAGCCGCCGCCAAGGAGCUGUAUCAGCAGCUCAUGGAGGAAGUAUGCGGCGGCACGCGGCCGUACUUAAGCACCGCCCAUUUGGAGACAGAGCAUUUGCGUGUUAAGGACAAGGCUCUGUUCCAGUUCGCUACCAAGCGAAAGAUGGGCGGCGAGGAGUUCACUGAGAAGUACCGGGUCCAACUGGAAGAAGAUCUCGAGGAGGUAUUUAACAAUUACCGGGCGCACAAUGAGAGCAAAAAUAUAUUCAAGGCCGCUCGGACGCCUGCCGUCUAUUUCGCCUGUGCCGUCAUCAUGUACAUCCUAAGCGGCAUCUUUGGUCUGCUGGGCAUGUACACGUUUGCCAACUUCAGCAACCUUGUGAUGGGAGUGGCGUUGCUAACGCUAGCUCUGUGGGCAUACAUCCGAUACAGUGGAGAGCUGAGCGACUUUGGUGGCAAGCUGGACGACUUCGCAACGUUAAUGUGGGAAAAUUUUAUGCGACCCAUCUACCAGGGUUGCAUGGAGAAGGGAAUCCAACAUGUGGCAACUCAUGCCACCGAGAUGGCUGUGGGCGGUGGAGCUGCCGGUUACCGAUCGCAGACAUCGGUGAAUGCGGCCAACGGCAAGGCGAAGCGUUCAUGAGAAUACGCCCAAGGAGCGCAGCACAAGACGCAACAGCAGGUGCCGCCGGCAAUAAACAAUAACAACAACAACAAUAACAUCAACAACAAUGUGGCAUACAAAUCAAACGGAAGCGGCAACACCAAUGAAGCACAGGGUUUCUUGCAAAAUAUCUGGCGG